AUGAAGUACCAGGCCGUCCUCAUCUUUGCUCUCGUCUUAUGUAGCAGUCAAGGGCAAGGCCGAAAGUUGUGCGGACGAAAACUGUCCGACAUCUUAGGGUAUUUAUGCGCAAACCCGUUGACAAGUAAAGAAGAUUUGGACAGUUUUCAAAUGAAACGAUCGGAGAACUACUACAACUCAAUAACAAAUGCUGUCGACUGGCCCUGGAUCCCACAUCAUAAAGCCAAGGGGAUUAGGAACAAGCGUGAAAUCAUCGAGGAGUGUUGCGAUAAGUCCUGCACCAUUGACGAACUCAUGGAAUAUUGUUAA